CCGAAACGUUUUGCCGUCAUUGUACGGCAUCAAAUGUCACUUCGGUUUGCAUUGUAGCGUCAUUUGGACACAGCUGAAACGUGCUCUAUAUUAUUAUUAUUAUCAAUUUUAUUUUUAAAUAAUUUCGAGUCAAUAAUGUCGCACGUCCCUAUAGAAACCACGGAAGAGGAUAGUGCUGAUCUGCAAUUUCCAAAAGUGGUUAAAAAACUAUGUGAUAUUUGUAAUCAAAUGCUCCAUGAACCAUAUAUAGCAUGUGGUGAAUGUGAACAGAAGAAUAUUAUAACAAAAACAUUCAACAUUUGUCUCAAAUGUUUUGCAAAAGGCGCUGAAUCUAGAAACCAUUUGAAUAGUCACUCAUACAUUAUAAUACACGAUAAUGUGAAAAUCUUUCCCAAUACAUCGUGGUCUGCGUGCGAAGAUACUAGCUUGCUAAAUUUGUUGAUGCAACAUAAUUUUGCGUGGUCAGAUAUUAGCCGGAAAAUCAAUACAAAAAGUGCCGAUGAAUGUCGUAAUCACUACAUACAGAACUAUUUCGAUGGGAUAUUCUAUAGAUCAUGUAAAUUAACGAAAUACCCAUACUGCCGGAUUGAAAUCCCACAUUUAUAUCGAUUAAACUCACUUGAUCCGCCCCGAAAAUCAGACAUGGCAUUUAGUAUGGCCGAUUAUCGUUUCACACGAAGUGACUUUGAUACACCCUUCGACGUGUCAGCGGAGGGUGUCAUCAGUAACUUACGCCUAGACAAUGAAUGGAAUAAUGAAUUUAAACAUAUUGGUGAAAGUUUAAAUUGUGCAUUAGUUACCGCUUACAAUAACAGACUGAGGGAACGACAUCGGCGUAAUAAAGUCGUUCGCACGCACGGUUUAAUCUUACCAAAUCGCACAAAAAGCUGGUUGGCCAAAUACAGUAAAGCGACUGGCCUGAAAAAAUGCCAAGACAAUGAUUCGUACUCUGGACGAUUUGUCGCAUUGAUGCAAUUGACAACCGGACUGGCUUUCGAUCGUAUUGUUGAAGGCCUUCAAUAUGAAUAUGACCUGAGAAAAUUUUUAAACAAACUCUACGAAUUGCGCGCCAAGGGAAUUACAACGUGUCAUGGAGGGAAAAUUUUUCAAAAUGCGAAAAUAAAUCGGAUAGUUAGGGCUAGUAAUGUUAAGCCUUCGUUAUGGGAAUGGAAGCAUUUUCAAAACGAAAAGGAUUCGCUCACUGGAACUGAACAAAUUAUGAAACAUUGUAUGGAUUUGAACCAAUUGCCAAAAAAGAGACGAAGCACUCCACUGAACAUAAUAGGCCUCUCAAACUACGAAAAAUUGAGCAAAGAUGAACAAGAGCUUUGCAGUCUUAUUCGGGUUAUUCCAGAUUCCUUCCUGACAUAUAAAAAACUUCUAACUACGGAGAAUAAUAAGUUGGGAUACUUACGAUUGGCUGAUGCACGAAAAUUAAUUAAAAUUGAUGUUAACAAGACUCGUGUUAUGUACGAUUUCUUUUUUGAACAUGGCUAUAUAAAUAAACCAUCACAAUGAACCCAA